UAUCCAGUGCCAGCUGGUAAAAAUAACCCAGAUAAGUGCCUGCUAAUCCCGGCCCAGCGAGUGCCAGCCCCCGGCACUGACCGCACCCGACCCCUGGCCCGCACUGCCAGCUGGGACCUGCCAGCCACCACGGGACCCUUUCCAGCUCAGGGUGGACGGGAUAAAAGGCUCAUCCCAGGCCAGCGGAUAGACAGACAGGAAGGUAGAGGGCUGGAAUCAGCGGCUCCCCUGUGCAUACUGUGGGGCUCCGGCUCCAGGAGGCAGCCAUGACCCUGCCCGCCCCAUGGGGCGCAGAGCAGCAGCUGGAGGAGAUGAUGGAGCUGACGGCGCAGAACCUGCCCAGGCUGGAUGUGACCCAGUCGUACACCAUCCUGAGGGAGCUGGGCAGCGGCUCCUAUGGCCACGUGCUGCUGGCCGUACACCAGCGGCAAGGCAGGCCGAUGGCCUUGAAGUUCAUCGAGAAGCGGGACACUGAGCUGCGGGACUUCCUGAGCGAGUACUGCAUCUCGCUGAGCCUGGCCGCCCACCCCUGCAUUGCCAGCGCCCUGGGCAUCGCCUUCCAGACCGAGCACCACUAUGUCUUCGCUCAGGAGCUCGCCCCUGCCAGGGACCUCUUCUCCCUGCUGCAGCCACAGGUGGGGUUCGGGCUCGCGGAGCUGCAUGUCAAGCGCUGUGCUUUGCAGCUCGCCAGUGCCCUCGAAUUCAUGGGGGCCAAGGGGCUGGUUCACCGCGAUGUCAAGCCUGAGAACGUGCUUCUGCUCGACCUUGAGUGCCGGCGUGUCAAACUGACCGACUUUGGGCUGAGCUGCCCACAGGGCACUGCCAUCGAGGCCCUGCCUGAGAACCUGCCCUACACAGCACCCGAGCUGUGCCUCCUGGGGCCCUCGGCCCGCCUGCUGGCCCAGCCCAGCCUGGAUGCCUGGGCCCUGGGCGUGCUGCUCUUCUGUGUGCUGACCGGCUUCUUCCCCUGGCACACGGCCGCCGACCGGCACUACCGGGACUUUGAGCGCUGGCAUCGCAGCCCCCGCGUCCGCCCGCGCCCACCCCGCUGGGGGUGCUUCACCUACGAGGCCCGGGAGAUGCUGCGAGGGCUGCUGACCCCUGACCCCAGCCAGCGCAGCCCAGCCAGCAUUGCCAUGGCCCACAUCAAGUGCCCCUGGCUGGAACCCCAGGAGCCAGGCGCUGCCCGUGCAGACAGGACUCUGCGGGGGAGUAGCCAUUGCCACUGAGCCCCAGCCUCAUGGGCACUGCCACCAGGCACGGGCACCCGCCACAGCCAAGGGGCCGCAGGGACCAAGGACUUGCAGGACACAUUGCUUAGCAGGGACCAUGGCCAGAGGUUGGGGCUGGGGGCCUGGCCUGGGGGAUUGCAGAGGUGGCAGGGGGACGGGGUAGGGAAUAAAAGCACAAUCCUAACACUAACGGCUCGGAGCUUCCUUCAGCGUACCAGAGCAAUGGGUCCACUGCCUGACACCGUCCCCCACAACCCACAAAGCCCCAGAUCAGACCUAUGACCCAUUCCCGUUCCUCAGUCACUGCUUUCGUCCCCCAGGCUGAUGUUUUUGGCCCCAGCCACCAUGGAUUCUCUGAGCUGGGCCAGCUGCCCACUAUGGGAAUGUAUGGGGCAGGAGGGCAAGGACUGAGCCCUGGGGUUGUAUGGGGCAGGAGGGCAGGGACUUG